GUAAAGAAGUAACAGAAGAAGAGAAAAAUGAUAUAAAAGAUGUGCUAAAGGUAUUAGGCAAGAAAGAAGAAAAAAAAAAGAUAUUAAUAGAACAUUGGCAAAUACAAAGUAGAGACAAUGAAUUAUCAACAGAAAUUAGCAGAUGUGAUAGAUGUAUAAGUGAAGAUAAACAAGUAAAAGAUGGCU